UCAUAACAAUAUAUCAAAAUGAUUGGAAGGCUAUCUCUUUGGUACAGGGAUAAUGUCUCCCAGGAAGUCGACUGUCUGGCUUGCCGCUUGAUCAGUGGUUUUGGCCUCGUCGGUAUUGGAGCCUAUCUGCUGGUCCAAUCAAAAAAGCGCCCUAAGCUUUUUGAACAAUACACAAUGAAGAGUUUGGCGGCCGCUGCAGGAUUACUUGGCGUGGCCCGCUUGGCAGAUGCAAGUUUCCUCAAAGCUCCGGCGAAGGAACUGAAGGAGGAGGAAACUAAGGUUUUGAAGAGUUCCAAGGAUCAUGAGUUUUUUGCUAGACGAUAAUAGUUAGACUUUAUUUGAGUUGUAAUGGGACAGAAUUAAAUCUAAAAAUAUUUGUAUAGACAUACUAAA